GACGCUGGCCGAGCCAGCAUUAUUCAAUCCAGAAUUGUGGUUCGAGAUUUCGUCGCCACUGACACAAAUGAAUAUUAUGAAUUGAAUGCUAUGUAUCAAUCGCUUACCCCAGUUAUAUGGCCGCUUAAUCCAGUUUUCUGGGUCUAGGCAAGAUAAGCCAUGCCUGGGGUAAAGAUAGUCUGUGUUCCAAUCUGGGGAUAUAUUAUGGGGGCCCUGCUCCGUUGACCAUGUCGGGCAUUUCCCAGCCAGUGCCUUUCAAGACACCAACCAGCUGAGAUUUUCUCAGUCUCACCCGUUUUUGAAAGAGGAAAGCGACAAGAGUCUUUGCUCACCAUCCAAAACAGUCAACAUGUCUGUCCACACAAUGGAUGAGAAGAACAACCUCAGCAGUGCCGAGAUGGGCGGCAUCACCAACACCCAAUCGAAUGUCGCUGGUGACGUCGGCCUUGUUGUUGGCGACGAGCAGCUACAUCGCGGAAUGAAGAGUCGGCAUAUUCAGUUCAUGGCAUUGGGUGGAGCCAUUGGAACUGGUCUUUUCGUCGGUUCGGGUGCUAUUCUAUCUCUUGUCGGACCCUUACCCCUUUGGCUGGGCUAUCUAUCGAUGAUGUCUGUCGUAUAUUUCGUCAUGAACGAUCUCGGUGAAAUGGUUACAUUUCUGCCACUGCGGGGUAUUUCCAUCCCGUACUUGGUCUCCCGAUUCCUCGACCCAUCUUUGGCCUUUGCAGCAGGCUGGAACUACUUCUACGCAUACGGAAUUCUGGUUGCAGCGGAAGCCACAGCAGGAGCUAUCCUUUUGGACUAUUGGAAGACUAUUACGCCUCUUUGGAUCACUCUCAUUUUGGCCGUCAUUCUUAUUCUGAACAUUAUCGCUGUGGAAGUAUUUGGUGAAGCAGAAUUCUGGUUCGCCAGUAUUAAGCUAAUCACUAUUGCCGGUCUUAUCUUUCUUGGAAUUGUCCUGAUGUGCGGAGGUGGUCCGGAUCACGAUGCAUUGGGUUUUCGCUACUGGUAUCCGAACUCGCCAGGAGCAAUCAAUGAGUACCUGGUGCCAGGAGCGACAGGCCGAUUCCUUGCUUAUUGGGCAGCAUUCAUCAAGGCUGGCUUUGCUUUCAUCACUAGUCCUGAGUUGAUCGCUGUUGCUGCUGGAGAGACUGUUGCUCCUCGCCGCAACAUUCCCAAGGCUGCCAAGAGGUUCAUCUGGCGACUUGCUCUUUUCUACGGUGUUUCCACCCUCAUUUUGGGUUGCAUAGUCCCGAGCACCGAUCCUCGCUUGCUGUCUGGCUCCAGCGAUGCAUCUGCCAGUCCCUGGGUUAUCGCAAUUCAGAACGCCCGCAUCGGUGGCCUCAACCACGUCAUCAAUUUCUCGAUUCUCACUUCGGCUUGGUCAGCUGGAAACGCCUUCACCUACUCGGGAAGUCGUGUACUAUACAGUAUGUCCUUGACCGGUCAAGCUCCCAAGUUCUUCAGUCACACGACUAAAAAGGGAGUCCCUUGGGCUGCUGUUCUCGCUACCUGGUCUUUCGGCUUACUUGCCUACCUCAACGUCAGCAAUACUGGUGCUCAGGUUUUCAACUGGUUCAGCAACAUCUCGACAAUCAGCGGAUUCAUUGCCUGGAUUGUAGUCCUCGUCACCUACCUCAGAUUCCGCGCCGCGAUGAAGUAUCGAGGAGUAUUGGACACAAUGCCAUUCCGAACUCGAUUCCAGCCCUACGGAACCUACUACUCUCUGUUCGUCAUUUCGCUACUGACACUUACCAACGGUUUUUCGGUAUUCUUCCCGGGCAAAUGGAGUGUCUCUAACUUCCUGGCCGCUUACAUCACACUGCCGAUCUUCCUUGCUCUGUAUCUAGGUCACAAGAUUUGGUUCAGAACCAAGUUCUAUAUUAAGACUGAAGAUAUUGAUGUCGACACCGGCGUCAAGGAGAUGGAUGAGCUGGCAGCAAUGGAUGUGCCACCUGUAGCGAAGAACUUCCUCGAAAAGGUCUGGUUCUGGCUAGCUUAAAUAUUAUCAUACGAGUCUAGAACAUUAGCAAGCUUAUUUAACGACAUGAUGAUUGAAUAUUGAACGAAAUCUCCGCAU